CUGCCUCCUCGGUGCCGAUGCCCCUGCUCUGGUCAAGGUUGCACUUGCAGCAGCAGCAGCCUCAGUUACGCACGCAGAGCAGCAGAACCAGCCCAGGCUCUGCGCUGCCCCUCAGUCUGCAUCCACAGAGGGAUCUUCCACCUGAAGGGGGACACAGCCAUGGAUGAAAUGGAGGAAGAGUUAAAAUGCCCCGUUUGUGGCUCCUUCUACAGGGAGCCCAUCAUCCUGCCGUGCUCCCACAACAUUUGCCUGGCGUGCGCGCGGAAUAUUCUCGUGCAGACCCCCGAGGCUGAGUCUCCCCAGAGCAGCCGAGCCUCUGGAUCCGGCGUCUCAGAUUAUGAUUAUCUGGAUUUAGAUAAGAUGAGCUUGUACAGCGAGGCGGACAGUGGCUACGGUUCCUACGGCGGGUUCGUCAGCGCUCCCACGACCCCUUGCCAAAAAUCACCCAACGGGGUCCGGGUUUUCCCCCCGGCCGUCCCCCUGCAGCCUCCUCCGCAGCAGCAGCACCUCCUGCCGCAUCCCGCGUGUUUGGCCCCGAUCCCGCGCAACUCCUGCAUCACCUGCCCGCAGUGCCACCGCAGCCUCAUCCUGGACGAGCGGGGGCUCCGCGGGUUCCCCAAGAACCGGGUGCUGGAGGGGGUGGUGGACCGCUACCAGCAGAGCAAGGCGGCCGCGCUCAAAUGCCAGCUCUGCGAGAGGAGCCCCAAGGAGGCGACCGUCAUGUGCGAGCAGUGCGACGUGUUCUACUGCGACCCGUGCCGCCUGCGCUGCCACCCCCCCCGCGGCCCCCUGGCCAAGCACCGCCUGGUGCCGCCGGCGCAGGGCCGCAUCAGCCGCCGCGCCAGCCCGCGCAAAAUCUCCACCUGCACGGAGCACGAGCUGGAGAACCUCAGCAUGUACUGCGUGCAGUGCAAGAAUCCCGUCUGCUACCAGUGUUUGGAGGAGGGCAAACACGGCCCGCACGAGGUCAAGGCUCUGGGCGCGAUGUGGAAACUGCACAAGGGCCAGCUAUCCCAGGCUCUAAACGGCUUGUCCGACAGAGCCACUGAAGCCAAGGAGUUCCUGGUUCAGCUGAGAAACAUGGUGCAGCACAUCCAGGAAAACGGCGUGGAGUUUGAGGCCUGUUUGGUGGCACAGUGUGACGCCCUCAUCGAUGCCUUGAAUCGACGCAAGGCCCAGCUGCUGGCCCAGGUGAACAAGGAGCACGAACAUAAACUCAAGGUGGUUCGGGAUCAGAUCUCCCAUUGUACAGUGAAGCUGCGCCAGACCACAGGACUGAUGGAGUACUGUCUGGAGGUCAUCAAGGAGAAUGACCCCAGUGGUUUCCUACAGAUCUCGGAUGCUUUGAUCCGAAGAGUCCACAUGACGGAGAGUCAGUGGGGAAAGGGAACCCUUACCCCGAGGAUGACCAGUGACUUCGACCUGACUCUGGACAGCGGACCGCUCCUGCAGACGAUCCACCAGCUGGACUUUGUCCAGAUGAAAGUCCCAGCUGCUCCCAUGCUCCAGCUGGAGGAAUGCUGCACUCAGAACAACAGCGCUACGUUGUCAUGGAAACAACCGCCGCUCUCCACCAUCGCAGUGGAGGGAUACAUCCUGGAGCUGGACGAUGGCAACGGGGGGCCGUUCAGGGAGGUGUACGUGGGGACGGAGACCAUCUGCACAGUGGACGGGCUCCACUACAACAGCACAUACAAGUCCAGAGUAAAGGCUUUCAACGCCAGCGGAGUGGGCCAGUACAGCAAGACGCUCAUCAUGCAGACCUCUGAAACUGGACUCCCCCCAUGUGAUGUUCAGUCUAUAGGCACAGUUGCUUGGUUCACCUUUGACCCGGCGUCCGCUCACCCCGACAUCGUCCUAUCCAACGACAACCUGACCGUGUCGUGCAACAGCUAUGACGACCGGGUGGUCAUGGGCAACUCCGCCUUCUCCCGCGGGGUUCACUAUUGGGAAAUGACAAUCGAUCGCUAUGACAACCACCCGGACCCGGCCUUCGGCGUCGCUCGGGGCGACGUCCUGAAGGACGUGAUGCUGGGGAAGGACGACAAGGCCUGGGCCAUGUAUGUGGACAACAACCGCUCCUGGUUCAUGCACAACAACUCACACACUAACAGGACGGAUGGAGGCAUCACCAAAGGGUCCACCAUAGGUGUGCUGUUAGACUUCACACGCGGGCUCCUCAUCUUUCUCAUCAAUGAUGAGCAGCAGGGUCCUGUGGCCUUCGAAGGCUUGGAGGGCACCUAUUACCCCGCUAUUAGCCUCAACCGAAAUGUCCAGGUCACACUGCACACUGGUCUACCCAUUCCUGAUUUUUACACCCCUGGGGAAGCAGAUCCAAACAGCUCUGUGUGUUGAAGACUAUCCACUGCACACAUUAGGGGAACCUCCAGGAUUCCCCACCUCCCAUCCUGCCGGUCAAUAACACUCACACCGCCCUCGCCUUUCUAUUCUCAACUCCCCAGACCAAGUGACCCCUUGACACCUCCAAGAGAGGUGCCGUCCAGUUCUGAGCCAUGCCUUUUUCAUGCCUAACUGUGGACACGUGGACUACGUGCAGAAAUACUACAGAAUGUUUAGGAGGAUGAAAUCUUGCUGAUCUUCAACUAAUGGAUUUCCAUUGCUAUAAUAUCAUUAAUGAUAAUCGGGGCUGAAAAUGAUUGUCUAUAUAUAACCAAACCAUAAAGCCAAACAUGCUGUCAUUUGAAUCUGCUUUGCAGUAAGACUGCGCAUUUAGAGGGAAAUUGUGGAAGUCAGAUAAAUUCCCUCCUCUAAUUUACCACAAAGAAAGCACAUUUUCCCAAGAAUGUCAAAUUAUUCCUUAGAAGGGAGGAGGUUGUCAUAAUGAGCCCUUCCAGAAGGAUCUCAGUCUGACUAUUAUCGUCCUGUUACAGAGAGGGAUCCUUCGUAAUUGUGUGAAAGUGUGAUUCCCUGGACCAGAGCAAUAGCCCAACUCCCAGCCGCAUCACUGUCACAUCCUUGUCCACGUUGUUGAAACGCUUUUAUUUGUGGCUUAGUACAAGUGAAACUUCUGUGUGGUUUUUCCAAACUUGCAGCACUGGUGUAGAAAAUGCAACUGGAAGCAAGGCCUUCACGCAGCCUUACUCUGCUGUGCAGCUCUCAAAGCCCGAGGAUGGUCCUUUUGAUUUAAUGUGUGUUUAAGAAGUGAGCUGAAAAUGAGUUUAUGACUGUGAAUAUGUUUAAAUAAGGUGCUAUAGCAGCUUGCAUAGUUUUGGCUUUUCUUUUUUUUUUACUUUAGGUGACUGAAUAAUGGUAGUUUUGACUGAAUAAUGGUAGUUUUGUAAUAUUGUUAUUGAAAUGAUCUAUUGCGAAGAGAUGUAUAGUUAAAUAAGUUGUUAACGUUCAGAGUUUUUCAAUGAGAAUUCAUCUUUUUUCCCUUUGCUGAUGUACAAUUAUUACCGAAAGAAAGCAUCAAUAAUUGUCGCUUCCGCUAAAUAGGUUUUUCAAUUUUCUUUCCUGUGAGAAGUGUGAGAAGAGACACUUGAAUGUUUUUUUUGUUUGUUUUUUUUUCAUUUUUGGCAUCCCUCUUGGUUAACAGCCUCCUCAGCUGGCAAGGACAUAAUCCAAACCCAUUUUUAAAGCAAAGCUGGGUUAAAUGCUAUUAUAUAUCAAAAGGACACAAUGCUAACAUGCUGGCCAAUUGGGAAACCUAAAAAGGGAAAGUUUAUGUUACUUCGAAGAGAAGGAGUAAUAAAGUAGGAGAGUUGCAUGCUAGCAUCCAACACAAUGUGCAGAUAGAAAUGAUAGGAGUACGAUUAGUCCAUUAAAAAUGGACUAUGAAUGAA